GAGGAGCGGUACGGAGCUGCGCGGCGACAGCGACAGCGGCGCUCCGCUGCCAAGGGGCAAACCGAGCCGGGCCGCGCGGGGCCGGCGCCGCUAGCCGCAGCCGGGGCGCGCCCCGCCGUGCAGGCAGCGGGGGCCGACGCGGUUGCCCCGGGGCGGGGGCCAGAGGCCGGAGUCGAGCUCGCUGCGGGGCCGCGGCGGCGGGGAGAGCGGGGCGCGCCGCGCCACCUGCCCGCGCGGGCCUCGGCUCGCCACGGUGCCCGGCGACAAGGCGGAGGAAGGCGGAGGCGGCGGCCGAGGGGAGGAGGGCGCUGCCAUCGUCCUGCUGCACAGCAAGGCCAGCUUGGCGAGCCUGGCCAUGGCCGCCAUCCGCAAGAAGCUGGUGGUGGUGGGGGACGGCGCCUGCGGCAAGACCUGCCUCCUCAUCGUCUUCAGCAAGGACGAGUUCCCCGAGGUGUACGUGCCCACUGUCUUCGAGAACUACGUGGCCGACAUCGAGGUGGACGGCAAGCAGGUGGAGCUGGCCCUCUGGGACACGGCUGGCCAGGAGGACUAUGACCGCCUGCGCCCCCUGUCCUACCCUGACACUGAUGUGAUCCUCAUGUGCUUCUCUGUGGACAGCCCGGACUCUCUGGAGAACAUCCCAGAGAAAUGGGUGCCUGAAGUCAAGCACUUCUGCCCCAAUGUGCCCAUCAUCCUGGUGGCCAACAAGAAAGACCUGCGCAACGACGAGCACGUGCGCAACGAGCUGGCCCGCAUGAAGCAGGAGCCGGUGCGCACCGAGGAUGGCCGCGCCAUGGCCAUUCGCAUCCAGGCCUACGACUAUCUGGAGUGCUCAGCCAAGACCAAGGAGGGUGUCCGGGAGGUUUUCGAGACUGCCACCCGGGCGGCCUUGCAGAAGCGCUAUGGCACCCAGAACGGCUGCAUCAACUGCUGCAAAGUCCUAUAGGGUGCAGCUGGCGUGCAGCCCCCAGGUUGCCUGUCGGCAAGCGAGAGGUGCUGGGCCAUGCGCACACACGGCAGCCCCCUCUGCGGGGAGGCUGGUGAUGAAGCAGGCUGGGGGCGAAGGGAGGGAGAGUGCUCCCUCAGCCAGGAAGGGGUUUGCCAGGUUGGCCGCAGGGGCAGCGGGUGGGAGGGUUGCAUGACCAGAGUCUCGGGGGGUGGUGGGUGGGGGGUAAAGGUGGGGAGAAGCUUCUUCCCAGCACUGCUCCCUGUGCGUUAACCGCUGACUCUUGCCAACCGAAAGCUGCUGAGCCCGGACUGAGCAAACCAUGUGCCCAGCUCUUCCCUUUGGCCCACCACCUGUGGCUUCUGCAUGGCCUCCUCCCUCCUGCUGGAGGAGGGUCAUGAGGCUGAGGCGCUCCAAGGGACUCCCGCGUGCAUGCGUCCACCUCCCCCAGCACCCGGGCGGGUGGGCUGGGGAAGGGGCAGCAUGUCACCUCCCCAGCAGAUGUUGUGGCCUGAGCCUUGGCCUGCUGCAGAGCAUCGUGCCCUGCAGCUGGGCCUGGGAGGGGAGGGCUGUCCCCUGCCAUGCGUGUGUAUAUAUCUUACCUUUUCUGUGUUGUGCAAACCGGGGUAGGGCAAGGGGUGCUUACUUAAAGUGAGGUGGGGAGGGGGUGCCCAGCUGGGACUUGCCUUGUGCGGAGGAGCUCGCCCAGAGGGCCUGAUGCCUGCUGAUAAUGUGAGCCUUGAACUGACUCCAGCUGCAGAAGUCUUCAGGCUGGAAAGUGGGAAGCUGGACUGCUUCGUCCUCCUUGCUGGACAUCAUCCUCCUGGGGGACUAGGCAGGAUGAGCAGGGGGGAGGGGGUUAUAUUGCCAUAUAUUAUGAUCUUGGUGCCUGCUCCUUCAUUUAAUGUCUCCUGCAUAUAUAUUGAUUUGGGUUUAUUUAAGAGUUUAUUUUCGAAAGAAACUACUUUGCACAACUUGGGUUUUAUUUUUUUUCUAAAUUAAACGCUCAAUGCACUUGUCAUCCACAUACAACACUGUAGCAUUGUGAAUACUCUACAUAGUAACCUCAUGUGGGGCUUUUUUUAAAUCGUAAUUUUAUUUUUUUUUUUGUUUGGGACUUUUUUGACAUAAGGAAAUAAAACCACUGUAUCUCUUUGCCUUGAGGGAAAAAAAUGGGUGAAAGCACUGGUUCUUGUGCAUUGAGUACAUCAAACUUUAGUAUUAAAGGGCAGUUAAAAGUAUUUAGGUUUAUUUAAAACUUAUUUUCACAGGGUAGCAAACCUGGGUGAAAAUAAUCUUGUGUCUCUCUGGUUCAGAGAACAAAUGUAUCCAUUUGUUUGUUUACUUUUCUCCCCUUUUUCCCCCCAACAGUGGUACUGAGACUGUUUCUGUUUUUAAUAAACUGACAUGGCAAAAACAAUGAGAUGUAUAUGAUGUUUACAUAAAACUAUGAACUGUGUAUGCAGUUUUUUAUGUAAAAUAUUAAAAAGACUCUAUGCUGACAGUUGUGAGA